AUGUAAUUAAUUGACAAAAUACAUAUAAGUAGCUAGCUGCAGGGCGCAAGUACUCCCAGGCUAGCGAGAGCUACAGUCGGGCGAAGCGAACCGUGCGUUAACGAGAUCAGUAAAUAACAGUCCUAAUUUGCAUAGCCGGUGCUACAAAUAACAGGCAAAAUAAUGAAUGACAGUGGAUGCAUACACUUAAGUAAUUUUAAGGCUGCCAAAGGAUCAAAUCCUUAUAAAAUAGUGCACGCAUUUUUUGUGUCAUGCACUUCCUACGAAGCAAGGAGAUACAAGGCUACAUCAUGUUUGUGCUUUGCUUGUGGACAGACAGGACCACGGAUGCAUUCCUGUCUCCAUUGCAUAUAUUUUGCAUGUUAUGGGGGACAUGUCCUUGAUCAUUCCAAGACUAAAAAACAUUUCUUAUAUGUUGACUUAAGUUAUGGAAAUAUAUACUGUGCACAGUGUCAAGAUUAUAUUUAUGAUAGAGAGUUCACUGAUAUUUCUAGAACACUUCGGUUGAAAGAAGCAAAAUCUUUAGGAAUCAGUGUGCCAUUUACUCCAUGGCUGCCUAAUAAUAAUGAAGCUAUGGCUCUUCGACGUCUGCGGAAACGCCGUCUCAUCAGUCCUCACACAACUAUUGGACUGAGAGGUCUACAGAACCUUGGCUCUACUUGCUUUAUGAACUGUAUUGUUCAGACUUUAAUCCACACGCCUCUUCUACGAGAUUAUUUUCUAGGCGAGAAACAUAAGUGCAAAACUCAAGGAUCCGGAAAAUGCCUUGUUUGUGAAGUUUCCAAGCUGUUCCAGGAGUUCUAUUCCGGCGCGAAGACCCCGCUGACGCUGCACCGCCUGCUGCACCUGAUCUGGACGCACGCGCGCCACCUGGCCGGCUACGAGCAGCAGGACGCGCACGAGUUCUUCAUCGCUACGCUGGAUGUGCUGCACAGACAUUGCAUGAAUGGCGUCGAAGAUACAGAAAAGAAGGAAAAUGGUCGCUGCAACUGCAUCAUUGAUCAAAUAUUCACUGGCGGACUGCAAAGUGACGUCGUGUGCACAUCCUGCUCGGGAGUCUCCACCACCAUCGACCCCUUCUGGGAUAUCAGUCUGGACGUGGCCGGCCCGGGCUCUCUCCAAGCUUGCUUAGAGCGCUUCACCAGAGCCGAACACCUCGGAUCGGCAGCUAAAAUAAAGUGCUCCAAUUGCAGAGCGUAUCGCGAAUCAACUAAGCAGUUGACCCUAGAAACUCUGCCCAUAGUAGCGAGUUUCCAUCUGAAACGCUUCGAGCAUUCCUCACAAAUCGAUCGAAAAAUAUCCGCCUUCGUGUCCUUCCCGGCCGAGCUGGACAUGACGCCGUUCAUGUCGACCCACCGACGGGCGGUGGACGCGGCGGACAACAACAACGCCCCCGAAGGGAUAUUCGAGGACAACCGCUACUCUCUGUUCGCGGUCGUGAACCACCUGGGCUCCCUAGAUGCCGGACACUACACGGCUUACGUGCGCCAGAUGAAGGGCAGCUGGUUCAAGUGCGAUGACCACAUGAUCACCAGGGCGUCACUCCGCGAGGUCCUUGACAGCGAAGGGUAUCUUCUCUUCUAUCACAAGACUGUUUUGGAGUACGAGUGUGAAGUCUCAUAAAUCACAAGUGACGGUAUUGAUUGGUUUUCUGUGAUUGGCCGACAUCGGCACUUGAUGGAAAUUUCAUUCAAUCGAUCGACGUUGUAUUAAUGCUUCGUAGUAUUCACUUCUAAAUUGUAUACUGAAUAAAAUACAUAUGUUAAUAUGUUCUGGCGUGAUAUUAGUGCGUAGAUGUUCGUACGGAAUCUUGUAUAUUUUGCGAGAUAUAUGAUUUUUUUUUUAGUUUUAGUUAUAAGCUUAAUUUUAACUGUAGAUAUUUCCGUUUGUGACUAGUAAAUUAUUAUUAUUGUAUGUGGACUGAAAAAAAAAUUCUCAACUACCUUUUUAAUUUUAUAACAAGCUUUGCUUUAUUGAGCAUAAAUGAAGUGUAUGACCUAUGUAUUGCUAAAAUAAUUUCCUUGUUCUAAACGAACGAUUAUUAUUAACACAUAUAAAUCCGGCAAUAAAUAAGUAUUAAACAAAAGUAAGGAAAAAAAAAAGUGUUUGAAUAAUCCGUGUAAACUACAGAACAAUUAUAACUACCUCGUUUUUAUUUGCAUUUGCUUCGUAAUGUUCAUUGUCCCUGAUGUAUAGGAAUGGUUUUAUUUAUUAGUAGACUUCGGUAAACAUAUGUUACACAAGUAAUAUUUUAAUUCGCGUAAAUAUUGUACAAUUAAUGCUUCGAUAAAAAAAUAAAUAAACGUUUUACAAGAAACGCCAUGAUCACACAUUCCCUUUUAGUUACCUCAUUGAAAUUGAAAUCUUAAUUUUUAAGCAAGUAAUAUUAAAUUGUUAAUUUGGUAAUAAAUGUAGGCAGAUAUAUUUUAUAAAUGUUAGUGUAACGGUUCACCUUAGUCAACUUUCUAAUGUGUUUGUCUCAACAAUAUAAUAAUAUAUAUAGUAUUCGUACAAUGGUAGUGUUAUUUCCUCUUAUGUCGUUCCCGUGUGUAUAAUAUCUAUCGUAGUUUGUAACCCGACUGAACUGACAUUAGUUUAAUGUGAUAUUUAAUAUUUAUAUAACAUGUAUUUAAAAGUAGAACUUAUGAAUUUCAUUUCCUUGUAGUACCUUCAUUCUUGUCAUAAGCGAAAUGAUAAAUAAUCAAUGGAGUAUAUCACGUUUUAAAGCAACACAUCCUAUUUCAGAUAUAGUUAUAUUAUUAAUAGCGAACUUUUAAGUAGAUCUCGAAUUGUUAAAGUAAAUAUAAAUGUAUUGAAACUACAUAAAUAUGUAAAUCAUUACAUAUAUUCAUUAAAUAAUCUUCAAUACGUACUUGUAAAAUGCACAUGGCGUUAUGAGCUGAUUUAAGGUGCGUAAAAGUAUUUGUCUAUAGCAGAGAACAAUUAUUGCAAAACAAAAAAAAAAAAUAAUAAACAAAAUAUAACAAUUUAAAAAUAUUUGCAAUUUCCGCAUAUUAUAUUAGAAUUAGGCAUUGUAAAAUAAGAUUUUCGUAUUUAAAUGUAUUUUAACUAUGAAAACUAUCCUGUGUACAUUAAAUGUCAAUUUUUUUUCAAAUGUCUUAUUUAAUAUUAGAAAUAAAUAUAGGUAUGGCCGUGUGUUAUAUCCAUGACAUGUUUCACAAUAUUAAGAAAAACAAAUUAGUUUAUAUUUUGACACAAUUAUGUAAUGAUAGAACAAAAUAACGUACUAUUUUAGUGAAACACCAUCAAGUAGAUGCACAAAUUCAGCCUAAUCAUUCACGGUCCAUAUGUAUUUUAAAAGUUGAUUAGUUAAACAAUGUCGUCUUCUUCUUUCGAAUGUAAAAUUAAUUAUGACAGAAAGAGAGAAAUCAAUGUUUAACUAAACAAAGUUCAGUAAGGCCGGUAUUGGAUAGCUUACAAUCAUGUGAUAAUCUGUCAAAUGUCUUACAAUAUGUAAUGUCAUGUCUGUCAAAUGUUUUUGUUGUUUAUUUUUAUUAUCUAUUCUAUUUCCAAAUUAAAUAUGACAGAAUAAGUAAUUCCAACCAAUCACACGUCUUGUAAUUCAAUACGAGUAGAUAUAUUCUAUACGUAAUAGCAAUCAUUGAAUAAUGCAACUACUUCAUAUUGUAAUAUGGUUAUUAAAUGUGUAAUUUUCUUCGUGAUUAUUAAUGUCUGUAAUAAUAUCACUUAUAAAUGUCAAACAUGUCACGUAUCGACUGUAAUAGAAAUAAAAAU